CUCCUCAGUUCAAUGGCUCUUGUCGACUACUCUUCCUCCUCAUCAGCAUCAUCGCAUUCCGACAGUGAGGGCGACAGCGCGCCAUCAGCGCCGCCGGCCAAACGGCGCAAAGCCUCGCCGCACGGCUCCGGAACUCGGCCAAAGGCCCCGAGCCCUCCGUCAGGCCUCGAGUCCGACCUGCCACCUCUUCCCUCAGCAUUCCACGACCUCUACGCGUCCACUGUCCGCCAGAGCGUCGUAGACGAUCCCGCGCUGCACCAUGGGCGCAAGAGACUGACUCCUCAUGUUGUGGGCAACUGGCCCAGCCAUGUCUACAUCGAGUGGCAUCCGCUGGCUGGCCAGCACGACAAGCUGGUUCAACUGGUAUGCAAGGUCAACGACGCCAUUGGCAGCCAGGUCAAGCUGCACAGCUUCCUGACGAGUGACUUGGGGGCGCCGCUGCCUCUUCACAUUAGCCUGUCAAGGCCCCUUUCGCUGAGCACCUCUAACAAGGAUCGGUUUCUCGACCAGAUAUCGUCUGCGCUACAAUCCAGCGGCGUGUCCCAGUUCUCCGUCAGCCCCGGGAGAUUGCUGUGGUAUAACUCCCCUGACUCGAAUCGCACCUUUCUCAUCCUCCAGGUGGCGAGCUCGUCGACCUCGAAGAGCGCUGGGACGCUGUCCAAUCCGGAGCUCAUGCGACUGUUGAGCGCGUGCAAUGACUUGGCUCAGAGGUUUGACCAGCCCAUUUUGUAUCAGAACAAGAGAGGCGACAAGGACGCGGCCGAUGAAGCGUUCCACAUCUCUAUUGGAUGGGCGCUUGACCUUCCCGUGGAUGAAGAAGCCAACGAGGCUCUGGAAGCUUUUGAAGAUGAAGAGUUUCAGUCCGUCAAGGCGUGGAAGAUUUCAGUGCCCGGCGUCAAGGUAAAGAUAGGCAACGUCGUAAGCCACGUGCCGCUCUCGGGAGCAGCUCCGAUUGCUUCGAGACCCCAAUCCAGAUCACUCUUUGGAUUGUAA